UCUUCUACCUUCUCGAAGGACGACUCGUUGGGCGACAGCAGGUACAACAUUGCACGGAUGUCCGGCAUGGCCGGGGCGAACUGAACACUGCCCGCCAUGAUGUUUCGACUUUACCUGCCCAGCGGCCAAGCCCUCAAGAACGAGGCCACCGAGCUCCUCGUCUCGCCGCACGUCAACGCGCCGGGGCCGGAGGUGCAGCGGAGCAACGUGUCGCUGAACCACGCACGGUCCGGCGGGAGCGCAGCGGCCGGGACAGAGCGCGACAGAAGCGAGGUAAGCCAGAUUGGUUGCAGAGAGUUGAGGUCCACUAAGUACAUCUCUGAUGGCCACUGCACCAGCAUCAACCCCAUUAAGGAGCUGGUGUGUGCCGGUCAGUGUCUCCCGGCUCAGAUGCUCCAAAACUGGAUCGGCGGCCCCUACAGCAGAAAGUUCUGGGCUCGCCGAAGCACUAGCCCAAGCCGCAGCGGUGGCCAGGACUGGCGCUGCGUCAACGACAAGACCCGCACUCAGCGUAUCCGGCUGCAGUGCCAGAAUGGCAGCACCAGAACGUACAAAAUCACCGUGGUCACUUCCUGUAAGUGCAAGAGGUACUCCAGGCAGCACAACGAGUCGGGCCACAAGUUCGAGCCCAUGGUUUUGUCGCCGCCGCGGCUCCUGCACAAGCACAAGGCCAAGAGCAGGAAGCAGCUGGGGAAGAAGCGAUUAAACGAGAACUGGCCCCAGACGGAACCGUGAGGGUCUUUUUAAGGCUUUGCUUAUGUGGAUUACAACCUCCCUCAGUGGACUGGACUUGGUUUAUUUGGUUAAGAUGGUGUCUCACUUUGAUGGAGCAUCACAGUCCUCUUAAGGCAAUUGUGAGCCAUGUAAAUAUGAAUAAAACAGAUACACAGAUUUCAUGACACAGGAUGUAAGCCAUGCAUUGUCCUCUGUACAGUAUGUAGCCAUAUGUGUAUUGCUGUUAUUAUAUGUACAAUAGAUAUGACUGUGGGACCAACAUCUAACUACAGGCCUCCAAAAAGCUUUAAAACAUUUUGUAAAUAUGUGUACAUAUGUCAAAUUUUUACUUGCAUUUUUUUCUGUGACAAUGUGUAUAAAAUGGAUGAUGUAAUAUAUUCUAUUGUGUGGGUAAACUUUGGAAAUAAACAUUUUA